UCUGUCUCUGUUAUUCUGUUAUUACUGUUCUUUAUUAAGAGACAUGACAAUCUUUCACAAUUGUUGAAUGUUUUUUUUUUUUUUUUACUUGACCCGCCUGUUUGUCCCGCCUUCUUGUCCCGCCGUACCUGAAGAAAAAAUUUGCACCAAGACCCUUCAAAUAUAAUUCCUUCAUUUCUCAUUUCAUCAAACCCGCCACUGUUUUUUUUGGGGAUCCUUCUCUUUCUCCCCUUCUCCCUUUGUCGCUCUCUCCUUUGCUCCGAUCUUGAAGGCUUCCCACGCCCUCUCCUCGCUAUGUCAAAACGCUCACAGAGUGCACCUGUUCCAGACGAACAACAGCAACAACGCCAGCUGCAGCAACAACAACAACGCCAACUACAGCAGCAGAGUCAGACAUCGUCGUCAUUGCAGAUGCCACCGCCAUCACAUCCCUAUUCCCACUCAGCCACACCCCCCCGCAUCGUCCAAACCCACAAUGUACCUACUUCCAUUACUUCCUCUAUUCCUAUUUCAGCUACUGGUACAGUAGGGCCCGUCAGAAUAAAGACCGUCUCUUCUUCCUUAGGCGGUGGUAUGGGUACUGCUACUACGGUUCAGGGUCGAAGACUUCAAUAUCAACUAUCGGUGCCUACGCGUCUAGAGAAUGGAGCUCAAUUUAUACAGUCUUCUCAUACUCCGUAUUCAUCUCAGCAAUCGCAGCACCAUGGCGCUCUUGGCACUAAUGGCAGCAGUAACAGUGGUCUUAGACCAGUUCAAGCGAGCAUAGGCACUGGUACAUCAACUACGCGUUCACCACAACAACAGCAACUUCGACCUGCACAACAAAACACAUUUGAUAGUAAUCGAUAUGAUGGAAAUCGAGCAUCACAAGCGACAAAUGCAAAUACGAAUACACAGACUACGAUGGCAACGGGCACAACCACCACCGGCACCACGAACCAAACAGGCAUGACUGAUAAACCAAAGUCUCGUAAGAAGGACAAGCCUCCACGUAUUCCGCCUCCUGAGCUGAUUGAGGAUAACAACAACAAAGUUUCGUAUACCCGAGGGAUGUCUUUAGGAGAGUAUUAAAUUGAACUCUCUUAAUAGGGUGGCUUCGCGAGCUGCUAUAUCAUAUCAGACCAAAGAAACUGUCGCUACGCUGCAAAAGUCAUCCAGAAGACUGAGUUGCCCACAUACAAGACAAGACAAAAGGUAGUUUAUGCAUCUACAUUGAUGCUUGCCACUUAUUUUUUUCAUUAUUGAAAAGACUCACGGCAAAGCAAUAAUUGAUCAGGGCACCUCAAGGACGUACAACACUAUAGUAACAAGAAUAAAAUAUUGAGGCAGAGUAUUAGACCACGGAUGA